GUUCACCGAAUAACACUUGACGCGCAUUAAUAUUCACUUUAGCGCUAGAAUUUUAAAUGCCCGUCAAUGAUUUAUCACUUUUUGGAGUUUCCAUCUAGCGCGAUCUGGAAACUCUAGCUUGCAAACCUGAGUCAGCUGAGAGCUUGAUCUGUGAGAGUCAGUGUGGCCGCGGCCAUGGCGGAGUGUGUAGGUACGCUCGCCUGGCCGCUGCGGGGACAGUUCAGGCAGUACAAACGCGGGUCUAAACUAUACAACGUCCAGCUUGACGAAUCAGGCAUGACAGUGACAAGCGACGGGGAGAAGCAGGUAGUGAAAGUGACGGACUUGGUGGGGUGUCAAUGCCAGCAGGAACAGCAGCAGCAGGGGAAUUCAGCCUACUUCACCUUGCUGGCCUACCCGCUGACAGGGGGCAGGAAGAGGACCCGCCUGGCUCUGUGCUUCGAGGUAGCCAGCAAGAACACCUUCAAGGAGAACCUGGCAGUGGCGAACGCGUGGCGGAGGGCUGUGUACCACGCCGUCAGGAACCAUGGUACCACCAAGCCACAAGUUGACCACAGCAAGAAGAUCCUCCUGUUUAUCAAUCCAAACUCUGGGUCAGGACGAGCCUUGCAGACAUACAGAAAACAGGUGUCCACUUUGCUAGCUGAGGCAGAGGUGUCCCAUGAGGUGCUGGUGACAGAACGUGCCAGCCAUGCGACAGACGUGGUGCGGACCCUGGACCUCACACAAUAUGCUGGACUAGUCAUACUCUCAGGAGAUGGACUUCUAUAUGAGGUGUACAACGGCCUGCUGGCACGCCCGGACUGGAAUGAGGCCAUUCAGUUCCCCAUCGGCAUCAUACCUGGUGGCUCAGGGAAUGGCCUUGCACGCUCCUUGGCUCACUGGCUCAGAGAGCCUUACAGGGCCAAUCCAGUUCUGGUGUCUACCCUUAAUGUGGUGUACGGCCACCUCUCCCCACUGGACCUGGUCAUGACAGAGACAGCAAAGGGGAAACGAAUAUUGUCUUUCCUGUCAAUUGGCUUUGGGCUCCUCUCUGAUAUUGACAUCGAGAGUGAGAGACUGAGGAUUAUCGGAGAGUCCAGGUUUGCUGUGUGGGCUGUGGCACGCUGUGCAAACCUUCGCAGGUACCGAGCCACCAUAUCCUUCAAGCGGGCAGUGGGAGCACCUGUCCCAGCUCCACUUGCCUCUUCCCCAAUGCUGCAGCGCUCCCAGACUCUGCAGGAGGGGGAGGGCCUUCCCAGUACCAAUGCCAGACACCUGUCACACAGCCACAGUAUGCAGCUGCAGGAAUCUAAGAAGGGAGAAGAGGAGGAGGCAUGUUUAGACAUUCUUCCCUCCCUGGUGAAAGUGGAGGAUGGUGCUCUUGAGCCUGUCCCAGAGAAGGCACAGGAGGCACAAGAAUGUGAGGAGCAGCAACAGCAGGACGGAGCCAAGUCUGAAGUGUUACUGCCAGGCCUGGAUGAGCCAGUGCCAGAUGACUGGGAGACAAUAGAGGAUGAGUUCGUCAUGGUGUACUGUAGUCAACAGACCCACAUCACCAGCGACGUAUUAAUAGCACCACAGGCGACCCCAGAUGACGGAUACCUGUGGCUGAUGAUGCUGCGCCGCUCCUGCCCAAAGACCACCAUUGCCAAGCUGCUCCUGGGUCUAGACGGGCGACACCUGAGGUACCCUGGAGUGGAGAUGGUGGCUGUGGAGGCUCUAAGAAUAGUGCCUGGGACCAGCAAGGGCUACCUCACAGUGGAUGGGGAAGUAAUACCAUGGACGCCAAUUCAAUCCCAUGUCCUACACAAACGUGGUCGUAUCAUGACUCGAUAGUAUGGCUGCAAAAAGUAGUGGUCACAUUCUACAAAAGUUGACAGAAAACAGUAUCUAGCAACUACCUCCACCUAUAAUAUUCCCACUUCUUCUUGGACCACAUGUUAAUUUUUUUCCAAUUUAUAGACAUGGAAUUCACUAAACUUUGUCACUACUUGUGGCAAACUAUCCCUUGGCUACCUCCAUUUGUGGUGCUUGUUUUAUCAUCCUGCCAAUGCCUUCUCCCUCCAUCUCUUCUGAAAUAGGAUAGGAGGCUGUAGCCCCACUCUGGUGAAUAUUGCUUGUUUAUGUAGAGGAUUCACUGCUAUCAGGGCUGAAAGUUUACUGUGGAUCCUGGUGGGGUGGUGAUUGGUGGAAGCCGAGUGACUGAGAUGGAUGAAUUUGUGAACCACCAUUAUCACAUACAUUCCCAAUCCAUUAUCAUACAACUUCCUGUAAUAAAAAUUCAAGUAUUUUUAUGUAAUGCUUAUUUUCUUUAAUAGAGGAGGGAGGAAGAGGCAUGCAUUUUUUUAAUUCAUAAAAUCCUAAUAGCUCAAAAGGCACAACAGCCUAAGGUAGUAUAUGCAUCCCCUAGUUUUCACAGGUACAUCACAUAGCAGCAUUAAUUAAAAUACAAAAUCCAGGUAGUUAAUACAUUUAGUUUAGCAAUUCAGAGUUUUCUUUUUGCAUUUUUUUAUAUACUUACAAUCACUUAACACUUUUAAGUCUUGGAUACUUAACUACAUUCCUUUAUAUUUUAAGUGAAUAUUUUUGUACUAAAGAUGACUGCAGAUUCCCUUCAGAUACUUGGGUAGUGCAGGUGAGAGGAAAGUGUACAGAUAAGUGUAGUGCUCUGCUUACCUCUUUGUUGCAUGUCAGGAGGCUCCAGGAGAGAUUGACUGCUGCCCUGGUGCGUCAACCCCAGGUGGACAUUUUAAAGAUGUGACGUCUGAUUCAGCAGACUGAAGAGCCUCCUACAAUAAUGGCUGUGAAGAGAAACAAUAAUUGACUUUGAGGCACAACUUGAAUUAUCUGACACAUACAACUUUGAUGUGUGAAGUGUGUGACUCCUAUGCAAGUGCUGCUCCAGUAGACUUAGUGGACUGUGAUGUGCUGGAGCCAUAGUGCCUUGGGAGCAAAAUGAUUAAAUUCAUGUUAUGGAUGGAAGUAAAGCCUCACUUUUGUUGUAUGUACAUCUACAUGAUGGUUAAGAUGAUAAUAUUUCAUGUAACAUUAGCCAAUAUUCAGCUUUUAAGCAGUACAAUUCUUAUCUGAAGGGUAUAUUCUUCAUUCUCAUUAUAUUGAUACAUCAACACUAUAAUUAUUGUUUUGAAAACAUUUUUUGUUUAUGGACAAGGGAAUGUGACACAAUGGAUGGCUGCCAACCAAGGGCCUCUUCUUUAGGUUGAAGUGAGGAAGGGUUACUGAACAAGUCAUCACUUUCUCUAACUCUAAUUCUCUAGAGAAUUAAACUCUAAUUGCCUGUUCAAAUGAACAGAGAAAAGUUGUGAUCAUAUUUCCCUUUAUCACUAUUAUUACUAUAGAGGGUUUGGUUUUGCACUUGUUCAUACUGAUGUUAUUUGUUAGAUUAUAAUUUGAUAACCAUGAAUGAUGAAAAUCAUGAGUGCACUACUUGCCCUGUACAGUCAAACUGUAUUUGAAGAACAUAUACAAUGCCUUCAUUUAGAAAUAAUGAAAUCAAUAUUCCACCACUAUUGUUUGUAAUUCCAAGUGGAGGGAGGAUAGCUUGUUGGAGUGAUGAUUGUGUAGUCUGAUCCACAGAUCUGUCCAGGUGUAUAGUGGAGGAUGGGUCUAUUAUGGUUCAGCAGGUGUGAACCAGUUGGCAGUGAACCAUACUGUAGAAAUUGCCAGAGAUGCAGGACAUUUGACUCGUGCAGUGUGUUGCAGUGAGGAGGUCUCCUCUUCCAUAGAGGGCUAUGAUACAAGAAAAUGUUUGUGAUUGCACUUAGGCUGAUUCCUGGUCCUGGCUACCCACCUAAAUUUCUCAAGGGAUGUCAACUUAGUUUUACAGAUGAAUUUCAAGUGAAGUUACCAAUGUACUUUCUGUGAUAUUUUACAUUACAAAAAUUCAGCUAAUAGAAUCUUUUAAGACAUUAACAAAAAUGGUGCUCCUUUGUGACUUGUGAUAGAAGGUUGAAGAGAGUAAGAAACUUGAGGUGCUUUGAGUUAUGAAGAGAGAAAACAGUAAGUCGUUUGUCUAUGUAUGUACUAAAAGUUAAGAGGAUUAGUUCACAUUAUUUUUCAAUAGUUGCUGUUUCCUGUUAUUAUUCAACAGGUUGAGAUUUUACUGUACUAAUUAGCUAAAUAAUGGAUGAUGAAUUGUACAUAUUAUGUAUGUAUUUCUCUUUAAUGUGUUGACUGGUGAUGGCAAAGAAUUUCUUCAGUGUGAAGAGUGCAGAAGAAUCCCAGUGUUAUAUAAUAGAGCUUGAAGUUUAUUUUAUAUGCAUGCCCAUGGCCUUAUUCAGGUUUCAGAGGUAAACCUGAGAAAUUAUAUCAAAUAUAAAUAAAUUAUUAUAUAAACAA